GCCAAUUUUGAAUUUUGUAAACAAGUGUCGGGGCCGAGAUUAGUAUUCAAAUGUUUGAGUUCUGAUUACAAAAUCUGCAAUGGAUGCUUACACAGAAGUGAGUACUAAUCAGUUUCACGGUGAAUUUGUCGCCACCAAGAGCUUGCAACACAUUUCUUUUCUGAUGUCAAAGGUUUAGGAUUUUUUGCUAUAUAUGAACUUUAGACUUUUCAAACAAUAUGAAUAUGAUUUGUAAUAUUGAUUUUCUUUGGAAAACAUUUGUAAUCGAGACUAAUGUAACAUUCCUAAAGUUGUGUACACUUUUCACCAAUUUAAAGUUAAUCAUCUUAUGUUAAUUAGAUAAAUCAUUCUGUGUGGAAUACACAUUUUGAAUUUUCUGACGUACUGCAAAGGUUAAAGUUAUUGUGAUCACGUGGGAUGAGAUAACGCAAAAUUCAAAAAUACAAGAUCGGGCGCUCAGCAGUGCAUUUUAAAAUGAUGUCGGAAAAUGUACAAGAGAUGUCUGAUAGUUCAUUUGAGGAACUUGCGAACAAAACAAUAGAGGAAAUCGAUAAAUCUAAGUUAGGAUCUUUUGAAGAAAUCGCCGUGGAAUCUUUUCAUGAACUUGAAAAAUACAACGAAGAGAGGCUCUCGUCAGGCGAUUUACAGAGACUGUUGGAGAAAACAAGACAGCGAAGAGAAGUUCUGAAUCAGAAGCUUGGAAAAACCCCAGAUGUCACUCCUAGAAAACGUAUUCUAGAGCAGAAUCUUGCUCGGGAAAAUGCACCCACAGCAACACUAACUUCAAAGGAUGGUUCACCAGGAAAAAGACAGUGUGUACGAGAUGAUGAACAACUUGUUCAUCCAGACACGCCAGCCAUAGGCGGUGUCAAAUCCAGAAUGCAAGCAUUGGCCAGAAGGAGGGAACAAUUCUCAGAAAAAGAUUCAGAGAUGAUUGACAGUACUGAAAAAGAUCCUGUCCAGGACUUCACCACAUCUCAGAGGAAAGAUACAGUAGGCGUGAAGGAAAAUAUUGCAGAGGCUGCUGCACCAAUUGGUAGAAGAGGACGAUUUGCUCAUCUGGCUCAGACCAUGAGUAACUGGGAGGAUGACCUGAGCCACCCAAUAAUCCAGAAACCAGAGGAGCCUAAACCUAAAUGGCAGCCACCUAAACCAGAAUCUGUUCCAGGUCCACCAAAGCCAGCUCGAGCAGAGACCAACCCCAUCCCCCCUCAGCAGACAGUAAGGCCCCCACCAGCACCCCCAGCCCCAGCCAUUUCCUCCCCAAAGAAAAAAUAUGCACCUCAACCACCAAAUACUGUAGCCAGCAAAGUAUUGAGUAACUCUGGUAGUAAGUCUGCUGAAUCAGGCCCUGCUGGUGUAGUGGACAAAUCUAAGGAACAGAAAGGAAGAUUUGAGGAACCAACCACCAAAACUGUUGCUGAGAGACUGAAUAGCUGGAAGACCACUGAAACACCCAAAAAGGAAAAACAGGUGGAUCCCUCAGAGCAACCAGUUUCUGCCAAGAAAGCUGUUUGGGAGCAGAAGAUAACAACGCCAACAGCGAUGGUUAGUAAGGUGCAGCACCCAGUCAGGCAGAUGGCCACUCCAGUGUCAGACAAGCCAUCGUUCCCAAAGCCACAGUUUUCUGAAUCACAGAAUCCUAAUGUCCCAGCAGCACAGCCAGAGUCUAGAGUGGAGAAAGAUGACCCUGCAGCUCAGCCAGUGUCAGCCAGGAUGGCAUCAUGGCAGCAAAAACUGUCUGAGUCAACUCCAAGAAAGGAAGAGGAACCAACAUCUUAUUCAGUCAAUGCAAGGAUGUCAGCUUGGGAAGAAAUGUCCUCCAGCAACAAGGUCUCUUACAUCAAAAAGGUGGACCCCAGCAGUGUGUCUCCUGGCAAGAAAUCUCCAGUGAAGGCGCCGGCAUUCGGUAGUGCUAAAAAAACAACUCCGGUUAAAGCUAUUGGACAAACCACAGGAAACAAAACAGUCACUCCAACAAAAGGAGUGAAAGAGAAUAUUCUGCAGAGAGUUGAUCACAUCAAAGCAGCCAUGGAUAGUCCGUACAAGGCUGAAGGCACUCCAGGGAAGGUUGGAAGUGCCACCAAAAUGAUGCAGCAGAAACUAAUAGAGCAAGUCACUCAUGGUAAAACAGCAGACACUGCAGAGAAGUUGAGGCGUGAGAGAAUGGAGGAGGUCCAGCGACUCCAGAAUCGACAUCAGAAUGGCAUUUUGAAGGAGGAAAGGCCCGGCAGUGAGAGGGGUCCCAGCAACAUGGAGGAUCAGGAAUUGACCGAAGACAUUGGAAACACAAGACGAGAGGCAAUCAGAGCAAAGGCCAGGGCUGAGUUUGAGAGAAAGUUAGCAGCAAUGGGAUUUGAACUUUCAGAUGACAAUGACGCAUCGUAUGACUUUAAAGAGAAGCAAGGGAGAGAAGCACACCUUGUCCAGACCAAACCUCCACUGGCUCCAGGCUCUCACUCAAAAAGCCAGCCAUCACCCAGCAUAUACCGCCUUAUAUCACAGAAAAAAAAGGACAAGCCCAACAUGCCUGGAAAGAAAGACAAGAGGUCCGAUGACAGUUUUGACAGUACUGAGGAUGACGAACUUUACACAAGGAGACCCUUGUCCUCAACACAAGAGGAGGAGGCUUCUUCAACUGAUGAGGGGAUGCAGAGAUUGUCAAGUGACUCUGAGAGUGAUGUUGGUCGUCAAGCUCCUCCUCCAAUGAUGGAGGAUGAAUCUGAUCUUGAUGAUGUCAGUCUUAGUGCUUUCGUCCCUGCCUCUGUUCGGCGACAGAGCGUGAUACCAAGUGGUCCCCAGAAGGAAAGAGAAGAGUUGGAAAGUCGGCCCAGACCGACUGUAAAUCCUGUGGCUUCUGUACCCUCCAGUUACAGAAGUGGCUCCAAUCUCAUGGGUUGUCAACAGCAGUCUAGCUCCAGCAGUCUGGAGAGUACCUCCAGUGAGCAGAGUUCUUAUUCAUCUGACUCCAGGAAUUACUCGGAGUCCGAAGACGACGAAACCAAAGACUCUGCUGAGAUUAAUGACUUAUUAGAUGAAGCUUUGAGUGAGGAAGAGGAGGAGGAGGACAGCCGACCAAGAGCUGCUCCACGUAAAAGACGGAGUCACAUGAUGGCAACAAGUGAAGAGGAUGCUGGGAAUUUGGCUUAUAGUGUCAGCAUGUACCGAUCACGCAGAUACUUGCAUGAGCCGAAUUCUUCAAAACAGAAAAUAGUUCGUAAUCGAGCGUUUGAGGACACAAUACACGAGGAGAACAUUGAGAUGCCUACCCAGCUACCACCAGAAGUGGAACGCAAGAGUGUUCAGGAGAGAAUUCAGGAGCUUCAGGAAUUAGUCAGUCAGGAACAGAGUGUCAUCAUGCAGACCAGUAACGCCCUCAACCAGUGCUGCUCAAGUAACUCGUAUUUCCAGGGCUCACCCGAACAAGUGGAGUGUCACAGACUUCUGCUCAUUGCAUGUCAAAAGCGACAAGCCUAUCUGACUGAAACACAGCGACUAAAAGAGACAGGAUGUUUAGAUCCCCCCGGCUCUGGUCCUCGUGGUUCACUGACCAUCAGUGACAUUAGGCUGCCACUGAAGAAAGAGUUUGUUACCAAGAUUGGCACUGGUUCAGAUAACACAGUUCACUACUUCCUGUUACUGAUCCGGAAUCACGCCCAGGUGAUAAUGACCCAAAUGUUGUCCACUCACGACCCAAUGAUGAGGGGCAGUUUGGACUUUCCCAACCUCAUCAAAAUCCAUGGCAUCUCUGGCAGCUUUAAACUUAACCUAGAAAUCUACAGCAUGUCCAUUUCUAGAGAGGCAAUCAAGGACAAGAAAAGAAAGACUCCGAAAAAGACAGCCAGAGGACACCUGGCACCAGAUCAUUAUCUAGCUCCCAGUCCUGGUGGUCCUAUGGCUGUGAGGACGACCAGCUUCACUCUGAUUACCUCACUCCCCAUCACUAUGAGGGCCCUGGACAAGACCUGCUUCACGCUGGAGAGAAUUCCCUAUUUGUCACCUCUACAUGGUACAAUUUACAUGAGACUGAAAUGUUUAAUGGAACAAAAUGUAGAAGAAAGAGGAUUCUUGACAAUGUUUGAGGAUGUCAGUGGAUUUGGUGCAUGGCACAGACGAUGGAGUGCUCUAAAAGGGAACAAACUCUGCUUCUGGAAAUACCCUGAUGAAGAAACCAGAAAGGAGCCAAUGGGAGUUGUUGAUUUAAAAAGAUGUGUGACGGAGAAAGUGGGCCUGAUCCCUCGAGACAUCUGUGCCAGACCCAACACAUUUGAAAUGGUUACAGUCCGCCAGCCCAGACGAGGAGAGGAGGACACGCUGAUCAGCAAGACCUACAACACCAUGACAUCCACCAGGCACAUGAUUUCUGCUGACACUAAAGAGGAGAGAAUAAACUGGUGUAACAAGAUCAACCGGGCACUCGCUAACAUCAGGACCUGGCACUCGGAUGCACUGCGACCAAUCAAAAUGCCCAAAACCAAAGAGUGAUUUAAACAAGCAGUAUAUCACUCUGGUGCGUGUAUCAAUAUAUCUUCCAGUGCAAUAGACAAAACAUGAUUUUGGUAUUUGCUUACAUAUAGGAGUGAUCAGUGAUUGAUAUGAGUGCCGAAUAUUUAUUUAUUGUUUGUUUCAUUCAACAACACUGCUUAUACUAUGAUACAUUUAUAACUCCCGCUGUAUACACUUACAUAACUAGUUGAGUAAUGUACCACAUUGUCAGGUACAUGUAGGAAUUCACAUGAACAUUUAUUUUUCAUCCUCUGAAAAAGCACAUACUGUAAACAUUUUUUUACAAAAAGGAACAGACUUGACUCCUAAAACCAAAUUUAAGAUCUGUCUCAGAACUUUGAUUAUAUGAAAUAUGAACUGUCUAUUUUUAAGAAGAAGAAAAACACGGUAACCUUUGUUUCAAGAUUGUGUUGAUCACAAACUGUUCUUUCUUCCUGUCUUUCUUAAAUCCUGCUGCAUUGUUUCAAAUCACCAAUCUUGAACAAGAUCCCAUUCCAUUGAUGAACUAUGUAUCAGAUGAAUUGAUGUAGAUGGUGCGGUGUGUAUUAGAAAGUAUACAGUCAUGCCGCUACUGUUACUUGUAAUCUCGUGAGUUUUGUAAUCAUGUCUUACAUUGCCUAUUGAUAUUCUUGGAGUACUAGCCUGUAUUCACAUUGUUUUUAUUAUUCGCCCUUUGUGUGCUGUAACAGAAUUAAUCUUUGUAAUACACCCAAAUAAAAGCAUUUUGUGAUCAUGUAGAUACAGAUUUUUACCCACAUCAACUGAUAUUUGUGUAAUCUCAUUUUGAGGCAUUUUGGGAUUAAAAUAAAAUGCUUGUCCACAUC